GAACAAAAGAAGAGCUCGUAGGAAAAGCGGCGCAAAAGGAAGCUUUUGAUCAUGGCUUCAAGGCUACUUUGGGCUUCCAGAGCCGCCUCUUACUUGCGGAUCUCGCCCUUUCACCGGGGUUUCUCUUCCGUUGUCAAGGAUCUGAAAUAUGCUGACACACAUGAAUGGGCAAAGAUUGAUGGAACUUCUGCCACCAUUGGAAUAACAGACCAUGCACAAGACCAUUUAGGUGAUGUUGUAUAUGUGGAAUUACCUGCUGUUGGAGUUGCAGUUGAACAAGGGAAAUGUUUCGGUGCAGUUGAGAGUGUUAAGGCAACUAGUGACAUUAACUCUCCCGUCUCAGGCGAAGUCGUUGAAGUUAACACCGACCUGGAUGGUUCUCCUGGUUUGGUUAAUGGAAGUCCAUAUGAUAAAGGAUGGAUUAUGAAGGUCCAGAUGAAGAACCCAGGUGAAUUGAAUAACUUGAUGGACUCUGAGCAAUAUGUGAAAUUCUGUGAGGAAGAAGAUGCUAAGCAUUGAAAAAUUAUGCAGAUGAUGUUGAGGGAAUUGUUCGGUUAAGAGUUUAAUCACUUUUCCGGUUAAGCUUGGGCAUAAUAACAAGUACCUUCUGGUAUUAUCAGCUUUUAUUUUACAAUUAAACAGUGUUGUGCUUCUUUCAGGGAUAUUGUUUAAUUUCUUUCAAAGGAGGCCUUUCGCUUCCGUUUGUUAUUCGAAUGUGUUGGGCUCA